AUGAGCGAACAUCUGCUCAACUUAAACGCCACAAGAUCUGAUCUGUUACAAAGGGGUGAGACAAUCACAGAGGGAAGUUUUAUUAGUAUUAUAAUUAAUUCCCUUGACUCUAGCUGGGACUAUUUUCUUAAUCAAUUGGAUAAUCUAAAUUAUGACAACAUUUCAUUUGAAACAUUAUCAGGAAGGCUGGUGGCUGCGGAUAAUCUCAGAAAGGAUCGAGCUUUGCUUCAUAAGGAACACAGGGUUGUAAAAAGAGUUAACUUUGUGGAACAGGUAAAUGCGUUACUAGGGUGUUAUACACGUGGUUCAAGAGAUCACUUUAAGAAGAAUUGUCCUAAGGCCUUUAAAGGCAGAGAACCCAUUAAGCAUCCCCUGCCAUACUAUACAAGUUAUCAGAGGGAAAGGUCCAACUCUGGACAAAGAUAUCAAGGUAGACACCCCAGUAGCCAAAGACACGAUGUAAACCUGAGACGUAGAAAAUCAUCAAGCCCAAGAAGGAGCAGGAGAUCCAGUUGGGAGAACAAUAGGACUGACACUGAUUCCGUGAAUGGGAUCAGAGAUGUAGAACUGAAUCUUGGUGUAAACAUAAGGGAACAGUGUUGGUUAAUUGACUCCGGAGCAACAGCACAUACAUCUUGCAAUAGAGAGCUGUUCACCUGUUUAGACGAAGUGUCAUUUAACAUUAAAGUUGCCAACCAAAAAUUCAUGCAGGUGGUUGGGAAGGGGGAUAUCCACAUCCCAGGUCUUGGAAGAAUCAAGGAAGUUCUGUUUAUACCUGAAAUACCAUAUAACGUCCUAUCUGUAAUUAAACUAAGCAAAGGUACCAAAAUCAAGGUGUUAUUUAAGGUCAGCACCAUCCAACUUACCAAUGAUAGCAAGGAGGUAGGGGAUGUUAUAGUGACCAGUAGGUUAUCUUAUUUUAUACCCACAAUAAAUACCACCGCACAAAUCAUAGCCAAUUUAUCAAAUGAUGGUGUUAAGAAUGGGAAGGAAGAGAGGGAAAAAGAUGAUAAUGCUGACAGUGACACAAGUGAUGGGGAAAUAGAAGGGGAAAGUGAUAAUGAUAUUAACGAUGUAAGUGUUGAAAAUGUUGUAAUCAAAACAAAUGACUCAAAGCAUAUUUCAAUUGGUAAACCUUUACAUAAUAAUUGUGCCCAUAUUUUGCAUAGAUAGUUGGGGCAUAUUGGUUUUCCCGUUGUUAAAAAGAUGUUGAAUUGUUCUGAGGGACUCAAAGUAAACAAUUGUGAAAAUUAUGUAGAGUGUUCCAUUUGUAAGAGUUCAAAGUCAAAAGAAAAACCCCGACCAAAAAAUUCAAAAAGGAACACCACGCACAUUUUUCAGUUGGUACACAUGGAUCUAGUAGGCCCCUUGAAGCCCUCUAUUGGCCACAAAAAAUAUUUUCUCACAAUUGUUGACGACCAUAGUAGAUACGGUUUUGUAUAUACCCUCAAACACAAGGGGGAAACAUUCACCAAGUUUAAAGAAUUCAAUAAGAGGGUAGAAAUCCAACAUAACAUUAAAAUCAAACAGAUCAUGACAGACCGCGGUUCUGAAUUUCUUUCCAAAGAAUUCAUUUUUAUUUAUUUAUUUAUUUAGAACAUUUAUUUG